AUGUCUUUAACCCCAAUCAUCACCUUCAAAGCGGGUAUCUGUGACCUCGAGUCCGGCAACGUUGUCAAGCCCAAGCCCACCCCCGGAUACAUCUACCUCUACAUCGAAGAUGAACUGGUACACUUCUGCUGGCGCCCGAGAACUGCCCCUCACACCGAACCUGAUUUGGAUCUGGUGAUGGUCCCUUCCGACGGAACAUUCACUCCCUACAAGCCGGCUGGCAACGCUGCCCCCACCAAUGGUCGCAUCUACGUCCUGAAGUUCUCGUCGAGCUCGCAACGGUACCUGUUUUGGCUGCAAUCCAAGUCGCAGCACGAGGGUGGCAACCUCAGCUGGUUCAGCCCCAGGGAUAUCCGACUGGGUGAGAUUGUCAACACGUUGCUGCAGGGUGAGGAGGUGGACGUCGAAGAAGAGAUUGCCAACUUGCCUCGGGGUCCCUCGAGCGGCGGCGACGACGACGAGACCAUGGAGGAUGUAGAGGGCGUGGACCACGACCCCAGCCACAACCACGGAGGUAACAGCGGAGGCGCUGGCCCCGAUGCUACCGGGGGCGAUGUUCGGGAAGAGGGCCAAGGAUCGAGGGAGGGCGGUGCCGAUGGUGGAAGAGCAUAUGCUACUGUACGAGUGCUGACUGGGAGUUUUCCGCACUGUAGGGCCGCUGCCGACUCGGAUCCUUCAUCUGUCGUGCAGAGCUUUCUGCAGUCUCUGGGCGGGGGUGCGCGCCAAUCCCAAGAUCCCGAGCGGCCUUUCACUACUCUGCAAGACCUCCUUCCUCCGUCAACUACGCUUCCCUUCUUGGCGGCCGCCGACGCCAAAACCGUCGAUCACCUGCUGAGCUUCUUGCCUCCGUCGCUUCUCCUCCUGGCACAAGACAUCGACGACGCGGCGGUAGCUGAUCAGGACCCCGAGAUCGCGGAAGCCGCCAUGGGGUCCCUCGACGAAGACCAGAAGAAAGACAUCCUGCGGAAAGUUCUGCACUCGCCCCAGUUCGCACAGAGCCUCGCCAGUCUGACCGUGGCUAUCCGAGAUGGUGGAUUACCGAGCAUUAGCGAAGCCCUCAAGAUCCCCGUGGAGAAUGGCGGGUUUAUGCGUAGAGGAGGAGUUCCCCUAGGAGGUGGUGAUGCUGUCGAAGCGUUCCUCCAGGGCGUUCGGAACCACGUGAAAGAUACGACAGCUGAAGGAAACAAUCGGAUGGAGACUGAUUAG